AUGGCUUCAGAACCCACAGCAGCAUCCGGCGCAGAACAAAACUUCGCGACAUCACAAACCUCCGAAGGAGAAGAAACUCUCAGUCCGCUGGAACAAGAAGUCUUGGACGAAUAUGCGAGGUUAUUGGGGAAUUUGAAUAAUUUAUCAUCCCUCCUCCUCACGCUCUCUAACAACCCCAGCGCCGCUAUCCUCGAUGGCCUCCGCGGAUUAGAAAGGAAAACGAGUUUGGUGUUUACGUUGCUCAAGGCGAGUGUUUAUAGUAUUGUGCUGAACCAGCAGAUUGAUACGGAGGGAGGGGAUGGGGAGGGUGAGGGGGAGACGGAGGGGCUGAGUAGGAUGAGUAGUCGGGGGUAG